UUCCAGUGUAAUAAAAGUCGUCGUCUUUUCUACUAAAGGACUAUUUAUUUCUGCAUCGAACAUCAAAUCGUAAAAGAACCCCUAUGGACGAGGGAGGGAAUGCGUAACACUUCUGACUGAAUGAAGUAUUUGACACGUCAAUCAUACAUCGCAUGCUCCUGGAGCACCUCACGCAUCGGACUGGUCUCUGUUUUUUUCUGUGUCGCUGCCUCUUUAUCCUCUAUUAUUUCCGGUCUGCUGACCAGGCAGUUAGGAAGAAGAAUCGUUUUAAUCUGCGGUCAAAUUAUUAACAUAGUGAGUCUCGUCUUGCUUUACUUGUGGACCCCUGACGCCCAACAACCCAUUAUUUUCUACUUGGCAGGUGGAGCUGUUGGUUUUUUAUGUGGAAUAUUCCAGUCUCAAACGAAAGCUCUUUAUGGAGUUUUCUUCCAAGGAGAAGAAGAAACGGCCUUUUCAAGCUUGAACUUGUACGGCUCCAUUGGAUUUGCGCUACCAUUUCUCUACGGCGAAUUCUUCUGCACUUCAGUCAAACUGUACAUCAUAUUUACGAUUUCAUGUUUGGGAUUACUAGGAUAUCUACUGGCUGAAAGGAGUUUCAGACAAAGAGACAAACAGAGUGAAACAUUUAAAUAA